AUGGGGGAAGUAAACGCAAUGUUCAAGGAGUCGGUGCACAAGAUUGUAGACCAAAUCAAGAACGAGCCAUACUUUAGGUGGUCGAACAAGAUGGGGGGUGACCCUUCCAGGAGGAACCAGAACUUGUACUGUACUUACUAUAGAGAUAAGGGGUAUACCACCGAGCAGUGCCGAGUAUUGAAAGAUCAUCUUAGGCAAUUAGUGAAAUCAAGGUAUUUGAAGGAGUUUGUGGUGGAUUCAGGGAACCAAGGAGUGAUCGAGGUCAUCUAUGCUGCCCCAACGGGUACUGCUAGGAGAAAAGGGGUGUUGGCUGUAGUGCCAGUAGAAGAUUGCUCGAGCAAGCAACCGUCCGAGAAGAAGAUGAAGUUCACACGAGAGCCCAUUGCUUUCAACGACGAUGACUUAGAGGGCAAAAUUCAGCCGCACGAUGAUGCCUUGGUGGUGACGGCCCGAAUAAAUGGUUUCAUAGUGAAGAAGGUGAUGGUAAGCCAAGGGAGUAGGGCCGAUGUUAUGUACCUGGACCUGUUCAAAGGGCUUGGACUGAAGAACAAAGACCUCUUAAAGUACGAUAUGCCCCUGGUCGGGUUUGAUGGCCAGGUGGUGAUUCCUGAGGGGCAAAUUUCCCUUCCCGUGAUCAUGGAAGGAAAGGAAGUAACAGUAGCAUUUAUAGUGGACGCCUCGUUUUCUCCUUAUACAACGAUUCUGGAAAGGCCGUGGAUCUAUGCGAUAGGGGCAGUCCCAUCCACCCUGCACGUGAAGGUUAAGUUCCGCACUGAGCAGGGCAUUGUUGUAGUAAGGGUUGGCAAGUUCCUAGGAUAUCUGAUAACCAACCGAGGGGUAGAAGUCAACCUCGAUCAAAUUAAAGCCGUGAAGCGCCUCAAGCCGCCAAGUAAUCCGAAGGAAGUACAAGUACUGACCAGCAUGUUAGCUGCCUUUAACCGGUUCAUUUCCAAGUUUGCUGAUCACUACCGUCCAUUCUACCAGCUUUUGAAGAAGUAG